AUGAGCGCGGUCAACGAUCUGCUCCAGGCAGGCACGUUGGCGCUCCGCAACCUCGCGGCCUUAGGCGUAUCUAUGGCUACGCGCUUCCAAACCGAUCCUGCAUCCGCAGCGCGGGCCGGCGCCCCUGGAAGCCAGAGUGCAGGAGUGGCAGCGCCGGGGACGAUAUCGGCACCAGCAGCUCAGGGGGAUGAAGAAGCACAACGGUCUUCUGGACUGCCGCCCCAGCCCAAGGAGCCGAAAGUGUGGGAGCAGCGCCAACGGAACAUUGUCUGGUUUUUCAUGUUUCUGAACUGUACCUCUUUCGCUUUCCAGCACACGCUGCUUUGGAGCGGACCUGUAUCGCCUUCUGUCACUUUGAACGAAGGAGAAGAGAAGCGACCUGCGGGGCCAAUCGUCGCGGAUGCGUUCACCGUGCUGUCAUCGCUGCUGCUGGCAUUUGCGUUAGACUAUGUCGGACGCGGCCUCGGAAUGGCUGUGUCUCUCGGAACAGCUACAAUUGGUCUCGCGCUGUUUGCCGCCUCCUACGACUCCCCAAUGCGCAGCGCCGGACAGGUGUUCUACGGCAUGGGUUCUACAGGUGUAAAGGCUAUAACGGACGUGCUGGUCGUCGAGACUGUCCGUCAGGAGAUCGACAUGCCACUCGCCUACGCAUUCAUGGCCUUGCCCCGUGCAAUCGCGCUGUUUUCCGUUCCUACAGUUCGGUACGGUCUUCGUGAACCUGAACGGCAUGUUCUCAUUGCAUUCAGUUGCGUCGUUCCUGCCCUUGGAGCCCCGCUGGUCUGCGUUCUGUGGUAUUACAGAGCACAUCUGGUCCUUCACAAGCCCUUCCGCCACCUGAUGAUGUUCGUCUGGGCGCGCCAUUCGAACCGACCAGCAUUUCUAGCCGGACGAUUCCUACUUGUUGCUACUUUGCUGGUCGUGUUCUUGGUUCUUUGGCUGGUUCAGAUGGACGUUUCCCCCUGGCCGGCGGCCAUCCCUCCUCUUGUUGCCUCCCUCAUCGUCACGGCUCCAUUCUGUGAAUGGGCACGCGUGCAAUGCCAACCUGUAUGGUUUCAUUUCCGAUUUUUCCUCAUUCCAAGCCUCAGUAGGACGCGCGUCCGAGUGCGCUAUAGAUGGCAGCGCAGACAGUGGUUCAAGUUUCGAGGUCUUACCUCAAUGCUCAUGCCCGUGCGCAGAGCGAGAAACUUCUGUCGCGGGCUCGGCCGUGAGGUGGCAUCGUGGAGUUCAGGCUUGAAAGUCAAUCUCCAGCGCUGGCAUCUCGAGUUUGCUGUCUGCGCCUCUUGUUUGACUUGGAAGAUGGCUCACACGUGUUGGAGUACCAAUCUUCAUCCGUAUCUACAAGUGGCGUUCUCGAAGUCGAGCGUUGAAGCACGCUAUCUCAUCUCGAUGUCAACCGCCACCGAGCACUUGGGCAUGCUGCUCGUGGGUCUUUAUGCUGUCUACCGGCCUCAUGAGAUCAAACCUGCAAACCUGAAGUCGGUUCCGCUUUACUGCUUUGGCCUUGUCGUCUUCAUACUGGCGAUCAGUCUCGGUCACAUCCCAAGCCUGUUCGUGGCUAGCCAGGUACUUCUUGCGGUGUCCCGCUCGGCCUUUGAAGUCACUAAGGAGCUGGCCUUGCUCGCAGACUGCCGAUACGAGUGGCCGGACUUUCUGCAUAGGUCACCUACGCUGUUAGCCUACCUGGGUCUGAGCGAGAAGGUUGGCGGCAUGAUCGGUGCCACCAUCUCCGACAUCCUGUGGGCCAAGGCCCUCCACAACCCGCCCAACCGCUACCUCAAUGGCCAGACGAUUCUCAGUGCGGAAAGAGUUCAUCCAAAUCUUGGCCAGCAUCUGGCAACACCUCAGGGGAGUCCCGAAAGAGGCCGCAUUAUCUCCAACUACGACGAAACCCAAGCGAUAGCACUUGCGAUAAGCGGUGCUCUUAUGGCAUUGGCUUUCCUCUGUCUUCGGGGGAUACAGACCUCCAGACAUUUUACAGAGACGCUAAAGAGGAGGGAUUUGUCAGUCGUGGCUUAUAACUCUUUCGUGGAGGAGAUUGUUGAUUUAUUGGACAAGCACCCAGGAAGGCAAAUCUGUGAGGCGCUUAAGGCUCCCAUUCACAGUCAGGACCUGGUCGAAGCCUACGUUCUCGACAUGACCGAAUAUAAGAGUCUCAGGUCCUUGAAGCCCGAGGGUCGCCGCAUGGCUGUGAGCCGUGCAGCUGAAGCAACCUCUCCGAAGAGGUUUACGGACCCAGAUAUCAGGACUCUCGAGGAUUUCGAGCUCCGACAAUCGCUAUAUCUUGCUCUGAAAGACGAGGAGCACUGUCGAAGGAUGCUUGUCGCAUUGGAUGACGAAACUGUUCGUGAGCAGCAUGUUGGCGCACUUUUGUCAUACAGGACGAUAGCCUCGUCGGAGCUAUGUUUCCAAGUCAGAGAAGAUUACGAACUAUGGGCUAAGUGGCACAUGAGGUCUAUGUAG